GCUUUCAAAGGACUUUCGAUGCCCGUCAGAAGAUCGGGCUGACGGACGCCAGGCAGAGGCUGACCGUGCGAGACGCACGGGAGCGACUGGACCAGAAGGACGCUCGCUCCAAAAUAACAGGGGCCACGGCCAAGGUGCUGGAUGCUCGUCAGAUGAUAAACUCCAGGAAAGGGCAGGACGGCAGUGGACAGGGGGCUCAGCCCAAACACCAGCUGGAUGCCCGUCAGAGGCUUGGUGCCCGCCGGACAACCCCCGCCCCCAUCACCCCCCUGCUCGGGGGUACCGUGGGCAACAGGGGCCGGAUAACCAAAACCAUCCAGCAAAAGCUGAUGACCCCUGUGCUCAGCCACCCCCCCCUUGCCAUGCGUAUCAACGUGGUGAAUAUCCAGAGCCCCAGCCAGACUCUGGAUGAGAUUGAAGAUGAGGAGGAGGAAGAGGAGGAGCUGCUUCCUGUAACCAAAAAAGUAAUGAAGAUCAGCACCGGAAAGAACCACGUGACUCCGCAGAGCCCCCAAUAUGAGAUGAAUUGGCCUCUUCAAAACAUUGAACCCGGUUCCCACAAUCUCAGCCAAGCCAUCAGGGAGAGGUGCAGAAUCCAGCCAGGGCUCAGUGUCUCCAAGCUGUCCCUCGGGAAGACUCCUCUCACUAAAGUGGUUCAGAACGACUCGUACACUGCCCCUGCCCCACUGCCAGCCCCCGUCCCCGCCCCCCUCACAGUCAGCCGCUUUAAACACCUGACCAACAUCUCCAGGACAGCCACACUCUCUCUGGGGGAGGACACAGAGGAGGACUUGCCCCCUGCAGAGCCUGUUCUCAGCCCCUUAGAAGGAACAAAGAUGACUGUGAAUAACCUUCAUACAAGAGUAACUGAGGAGGACAUUGUGGAGCUGUUCUGUGUGUGCGGGGCUCUGAAACGUGCCCGGCUGGUCCGCCCAGGAGUGGCCGAAGUUGUUUUCGUCAGGAAAGACGACGCCAUCACAGCUUACAAGAAAUACAACAACAGAUGUUUAGAUGGUCAGCCAAUGAAAUGUAACCUUCACAUGAACGGCAACGUGAUCACCUCAGAACAGCCGAUCCUGCUGCGCCUGAGUGACGCCCCAGUGACCAAGGUCCCUGAGAUGGUGAGGCCGCGGGUUCGACAGGCCUCUCACCCCCAGGCCGAGGUGGACCCAGACACCGUCCUCAAAGCUCUGUUCAAAUCCUGCAGCCCCUCCACCUCCGCACAGCCGACUGCCUUCAAAAUCAAACUCUAACCUCAGCUCGUGAGCCUGCUGUACUCACCCUUGCCCCCCUCUCCCCCCAGCCC